AUGACUUGUCGCUGCACCGCCAGCUCCCUGAGGCUGUUCAUUCGAAGCGUGACUCACGUUGACUUCCCCGGUCCCACUCCCUCAGCGUUUGGUUCCUCAAAGCAAGAUAUUAGGGGUUUCGCCAGUCACAGUCCCUUUCCAGCACGCCGUUUUCCGAUCAGAUCCCAUUCCACUCGGUCUCCUGCGGCCAGUCCCGCAAAUAAUCAGUCCGAGCCGGAGUCGAAGUCUGAUUUGAGCUAUUGGCCUCAAGAAUCCGAUGCCGUCGAAUCCGAAACGGGCGAUGGGGCCAGCGCCUUUGUCGAAUUAUCUCCAGACGCGAUAGACGCGAUUCUUGCGGAGUCGGCAGAACCGGCUGAGUCUUCACAUUUCGAUACUCAGUUGAGGGGGCCGACUAGGAAUCAGAAAGCUGAAAGGGAUGUAGAGCUAGAAGAGCAACUAUCGAACACCGGGUUCGUGCGGGCAAAGCUUGAGGAUACCGGUUUCCCCUUUCAACGCAGCUCUCCUCGAGCCUCUACAGAGCCUUGGACGUCGUCUCGGAACGGUCCUCGAAAUUCAAGAUCAGAUGUCGACCACCGGGGCAAAAAAGCUGCCGAAGACGACUGGAAACCCCCGAAGAAGGAACAAUGGCAAAUACAGAAGGCGGCGCUGAAGGAGAAAUUUCCCGAUGGCUGGGCCCCUUCUAAGCGCCUUUCACCGGAUGCAAUCACCGGUAUCCGCGCGUUGCAUGCUCAAAUGCCCGAAAAAUUCACAACUCGGGCGCUUGGAGAUCACUUUAAGGUUUCUCCAGAAGCUAUUCGGAGGAUAUUGAAGUCAAAGUGGCAACCAAAUGCCGAGGAAGUAGUUGACCGGGAAACGCGAUGGUUCAGAAGAGGCGAGAAGGUCUGGAGUAGAUACGCCGAGUUGGGAGCGAAACCACCAAGGAAAUGGAGAGAUGUGGGGAUUGGAAGGGGGAAGCCGGAGUGGAAGAAAAAAACAGGAGUGAACAAGCAGGAGGGACGCAUCAUACCCUCCUGGAUCACCACGGCCGAACCUGGGGGUGCGAAUGUCAGCUACCAGGCUAAGGCAAACAAUGAUGCUCACAGAUCGAGCGCAAACGAGGAUGCUCGCGGGUCGAGCGAGUUCAAGUUCCCAGAGUUGAUCACCACCGCCGCGCCCCCGGAUAGAGACUGA